AUGCCCAAGUUCAAACAACGAAGAAGGAAGCUAAAAGCCAAAGCCAAAAGAUUAUUUAAAAAAAAAGAAGUAUCUCGUCUCCAAGCCAAGCUAAUUAUACCUCCUCCUCCUCCUCCACCACCCUCACCUGAAAGAAUAGUUAUUUCUUCAACAGAUGUAUGCCAUAGCAGAAGCUGGCUAAGAUUGUCCUGGAACUUCAGCCUUCCCAACAUCAAAGAUACAGUAAAACUUUGGACAAAUAGAGUAUGGUCUAUAUACACCUGGUGCCAGAACUGCAUAGCCCAGAGUUUAGAAGGAUUGAAAGAUACCAUCUUUCCAUCUCGUAUCUGCCACCGAGAACUUCACAGUCUCAAGCAACAGUUUUCCAUUUUGGAAAAUAAAUUAUGCAAGCUCCAGGAAACACUGAAGGCCAUCUCAGAAAAAUCUUCUCCAAGCUGUGGUCAAAUGUGUCACAUGAAUAGUAAAAUUACAGCUGUGCCCACUGGUGUUCUAACCACCCCUGGAGAAUGUGGAGCUGAAAUUGUACCUCCUCCCACACUGCCACAGACAGCCAACCAUCUUCCUCCUCCUCCACUUCCACCUCCACCUCCACCUCCUCCCCUGCCUCCUCCUCCACCACCACUAGCACCUUUGCUGCUCAGAAAAUCCAAUCUCCCUAAAGCACUUCAGACUAGACCAUUACAAAAAGAUGGACCCAUGCAGAUAACGGUUAAGGAUCUACUGACUGUGAAAUUAAAGAAGACCCAGAGUUUUGAUGAAAGGAGGAAGCUUGUACCAUCACCAAAGGCACAGAAUCCACUGGUUACUGUCUCUGAUCUGCAGCGUGUUACCCUCAAACCAAACUCCAAAGUGUUAUCGACUCGAGUUACAAAUGUCUUAAUGUAA